CAGCGCUGUACUAGUGCGGACAUAUCCAGGUUGCGGCGUCACAUGCUGCACCACACGCCUCCUGAGUCCUCCCAGUGCCUCCUGACGGUGGACGGCACUUCCCUGCACUGGUGGAACAAGCAGCCACUACCACCGUGCAAUGCUUUGUGUCACGCCUCUUGAUACGUCAGCUCAGAGCAUGUGGGAGGAAUUAUAACGUAACGUGCUGUGGGCGGAGUCACACACACCAUGGCCGCUGCCGGUGCCGGGAAGAGUCUGUUGCAGUUUCUGAAAUUGGUGGGGCAGUUGAAGAGAGUACCAAGAACAGGAUGGGUAUACCGCAAAGUAUAUCAGCCAGAAAGUGUGUCAGAUCAUAUGUAUAGGAUGGCAGUGAUGGCAAUGUUAACAGAAGACAAGGCAUUAAAUAAAGACAGGUGCAUAAAGCUUGCUCUUGUGCAUGACAUGGCAGAGUGCAUUGUGGGUGACAUAGCUCCUUCGGACAACAUCUCAAAGGAAGAAAAACACAGACAAGAAAAGGAUGCUAUGAAGCAUUUGUCUCAUCUGUUACCAGAGGAUAUGAAGAAGGAGAUAUACGAACUGUGGGAAGAGUAUGAGCAUCAGUCCAGCGCUGAAGCCAAGUAUGUGAAAGAAUUAGACCAGUGUGAAAUGAUCUUGCAAGCUCUGGAGUAUGAGGAGUUGGAGAAGAGACCUGGGAGGCUUCAAGAUUUCUACAACUCAACAGCAGGAAAAUUUAAACAUCCAGAGAUUGUUCAGCUAGUUUCUGAAAUUUAUGAAGAAAGAGACUCUAACAUAGCAGCACAAGCGGAUAAUCCACAGCUGUAAGAUAUUAGUAAUUCUUGUAAAAAUUAAAUAUUUAUUUUUA